AUGCCCUGCGUGCAAGCCCAGUAUAGCCCUUCGCCUCCAGGCUACAGUUAUGCAGUGCAGACCUAUGGCUCGGAAUACACCGCGGAAAUCAUGAACCCUGACUACGACAAGCUGACCAUGAACCUCAGCAGCACGGAGAUCACGGCCACGGCCACGACGUCCUUGCCCAGCUUCAGUACUUUCAUGGAGGGAAGCAGCUAUGAACUCAAACCCUCCUGCCUGUACCAAAUGCAGCCGUCGGGGCCAAGGUCUUUGAUCAAGAUGGAGGAGGGCCGCGCGCACGGGUACCACCAUCACCAUCACCACCAUCACCACCACCACCACCAUCACCAGCAACAGCAGCCACAGCCACAGCAGCAGCAGCAGCCAUCCAUCCCUCCUCCUCCGUCUGGUCCAGAGGACGAAGUACUGCCCAGCACCUCCAUGUACUUCAAGCAGUCCCCGCCGUCCACCCCCACCACGCAGGGCUUCCCCCCGCAGGCCGGCGCACUGUGGGACGACACGCUGCCCUCUGCUCCCGGCUGCCUUGCUCCGGGCCCGCUGCUGGAUCCGCAGAUGAAGGCGGUGCCCUCGGUGGCCGGUGCGCGCUUCCCGCUCUUCCAUUUCAAGCCCUCGUCGUCGCCCCACCCGCCGGCGCACAGCCCCGCCGCCGCCGCCGCGGGCGGCCACCACCUG